AUGGAGUCUGUGAGUCGGAGGAGUUCGUCGUACAGCGGCGCUACCGGCGACUGUGAUAGCAGUGGAGUAGCGACUUCUGAUGAAGAAGAAGAAGAUGCAGGCGUUCUUGAGUUCUCUGGAGAUGGAGGGACGCAGCAAGUGGUCGGCGAGAUGGAGGCGAAGGGCGAGUGUUCUUCAGAGAUCCCGAGGAGAUCUCCGGCCGAUGAUUCUGUGCUGGUUCAGAUCGACUGCCCUUGUCUGAUCAGCACGGAAGAUAACGUCUUGGAACUUCCGGAAGAUUUCACGGCGGCGCCGCCGUCGCCGGCGUCCCUCUCCUCGACUCUCUCCGAUCCGAUUCUGCCGGAGCCGCCGUCGAACCCCCCCGCUGCCGCCGCCUGCUCCGGCGACCUGGGAUUGCAUCUGGAGGAGAUCUCUCAGGUUGCCAGUUCGAGGAAUUUGUCGGAGUCUCAAUUCCUGAGGGAGAGCUUCAUGGCGGCGGCGCCAUCGAGCCAGGCCGAGGUUUGCACUCAUCUUCCACAUCAGUCCCGACGGACUCCUGUUCUCCGGCUGAUGGGUAAGAAUCUGAUGGUGAUGAGCCGGAAGGAGGAAGAAGACGAAGAAGAAGAAGGUAGAGGAGGAGGACGACGAAGACCAGAGUCCUCAGUGGCCGUUGCCUCCACGGCGAAUCAUCCCCCGUCGUUGCUAGGGUUUUCUUCUGCUUGCAGGUUCUCUAAUGGCGGCGACUUUCUGGACGGGCCCUUCUCCGGAGAGAGGAUUCCAGGGAGUCGCCGGCCGUUUGCUCCGCCCCCGACCGCCGGAAUAAGAAGCCCUUAUGUUCUUCAGAGAAGAUCGGAGGAGGGAGCAGAUCCGUCGGUGUACGGUCUCCGGCAGCGGCAUGGAUAUCGAGCUCCAGUUCAGGCGAGCGAGGUGGUGGUCGUCGACGAUUAUCCCGAACCAAUGACGCAGUUCAGUGGAAGCUUUCCGGCGCCGGCUAACUUUCCGGCGACGCACAGCUUCUUCUCCGUCGUGGAUCGAGCGAGGCUGGCCGGAGGAGGAUAUUAUUCCUGUUUUCCAUCGGAGCUGAGGCCAGGCUUCCCGGCUUCUUGCCCGAGGGAGAUCGGUGGGGCCGCCAGGUGGGUUGCCGGCGACGGCGAAGCUCCAAGCUCCUCCUUCGUGCCGUCCCUCUCCGCCGGCCAUCUUGGCACUCCCAUGCCCCACUCUCCGAUGUUCUGGUGA